AUGUCUUACAGACCAUUGGGAUCCGAAGUUACUGAUCCAUUGAUCAGAAGCAAGAUCGCUGCUUUAUCUUUGAACGGAAGUUUAUUGACCAACGAUGCCGUAGCCAAAUUCCAGAAGACCAUCAAGUAUCCGGAAUACUUGGGAGCCUUCGAGUCGGAGGAAGAGGGAAAAUACAACAACUUCAAGAACGUCGACGGUGCAAAAAACGACAAGGGCCACCUCGGCGAUAAAUCGUUCAAGCACUUGUUCCCCGAAGGGACCAAGUAUUCUACCGAAGACUUAUCACCAAACUUUGGUACUGAGAUUACUGGGAUCCAGCUCAGUGAAUUGGACGAAGCCGGCAAGAACGAUUUGGCAUUGUAUCUCGAAACUAGGGGCUUGGCGAUUUUCAGAGACCAAGACUUCAGAGACAAGGGUCCAGCGUUUGCCAAACAGUUUGGAGAACACUUUGGACCUUUGCACAUCCAUCCUGUGAGCUUCUCGGCCGAUAAGCAUCCUGAACUCUUGGUUACUUUUAGACCACCAGGAGACGAGACCAGAUACGAAAAAGGGUUUGCUGGAAAGACUGGUGCUUUCGCCUGGCACUCCGAUAUCAGUUUUGAGGAGUAUCCUGCUUCGUUUUCUUUCUUUGUUGCUUUGGAAGCUCCCAAGAGUGGUGGCGACACGGUCUUCAUUGACUUGAGAGAGGCCUACAGAAGAUUAUCUCCAACCUUGCAGAAGUUUUUUGAGGGAUUGACCGUAAUCCACACGAAUUACUAUCAAAACCAGUUGGCAUCUCUCAACGGAAACACUGCCAGAGUCAAGGGAGACUACUUCACCGAGCACCCUUUGGUCAGAACCCAUCCUGUGACCGGAGAGAAGAGUUUGUACUUUUCCCGGGCCUUUAUUCACAGUAUUAAGGGGGUCAAGGCUGAGGAGUCCAGCUUCAUUUUGAACUUCUUGGAGCAACACGUUACGAGCAAUCCAGAAAUCCAAGUUAGAGCCCAACACAAGGGUACAGAUGCUAGAACUGUCAUUGCCUGGGACAACAGACUCGCUGUGCAUACUGCUAUUGCGGAUUUCUUGCAACACGCUACUGGGCCAAGACACCACUUCAGAAUUACUGUGCUUGGAGAAAAACCCUACCUUGAAGAGGAAAACAAAGAGGAGGAGGUUGCAGUGAAUGGACACUCAAAUGGACAUUCAAAUGGACAUUCAAACGGACAUUCAAACGGACAAGCGCAAAAUGGGGCUCUUAACGGCAAUUGA